ACGAGCUUUGUUUGAGCGUAUGAAGGUCGGGCUUAAGCCAAGUGCGGUUUCUGUUUUUCGAUAAGGAUGAAGGCGGAGGACGAGACUAAUAACAAGUUGGAUAUGAGCUUAGGUAAGAUAUUUCUAUGCCAGGUGAAUCGUUUUUUCAGUUAGCAUUGGUUAAACUGGGCUAUUUAAGUUGUAAACUGGGGACUAGAGUAUCAAAGUAGAGUCAGGCUUGUGUUGCUCAUAAAAUUCGGUUACUACGUAAUUAUAAGACCCAAUAUUUUUCAAGUGCAAAAUGUUGUUUCGGGAUUGGUCGAAGCCUGAGUUAGUGAUAGGGAGUGGAUUAAGUGAGUGUAUCGGCUUCUUCACUCCUCUUAGGUUACUCACCAGUUCUAAUGAACUGGUGUCUGACAAAAUCUUGGGAUGGAUUCAGCCCAAUUGGCUUUUGCCAGCUUGGGUAACUUGUUGCAAAAAUGAGAUAUCCGUCUGUCAACCAAAGGAUGAGUUUACUACGUAGCAGUUCGCUCCAUUCUGUGUGGAAGCCAUUCAAAAUCGAUGAUAUCCGGAGGUUACUGGUAUUCGAUCAUAGGUGUCCUCGAAGCAUUGCUCUUGUAUUUUACUACCACCAUGCAAGUAAUGGAUAGAUGAGGAAUAGGGUGCUAAGUAAAGAUAGCAGAUAGAUUAGCGAGGUACUAAAUGCUCACCAACUGAGGUGGUCGGAACAUGUGCUACGCCUGGGCGAUGUUUUCGGGUACGAAAGUAGGCUGGAAGAAAGCCAAACGCGACCAAACCAAAAAAUGGCAUCAAUCGUUAACAGUUGAACUGAGCCACGUCAACAGUUGUAGACCAUCUAAUUGAGAUCUGUGUCGUCGUAAUCAACGGUUAGAUGCAUUGAAUGACGUGACUCAAAAUUGUUUGGAAUGGCGCAGAUGAAAUUAUCAAAUUGGAUAAAAAAGAAGCUCGUAAAAAUAGACGAGUUCAACAAACGCUAGCUAUUCGUGGUAGACGCCAGAAUGUUUCUCAGUAUCAACAAAAACCUCGAAUAUCUGCUGCUGCAACUCGAUUACGUGGUUUAAGGCAGAAGCGACUUUCUCGAAUCAAUCGUCCUAUUCAGGGGUCUUCUCAACAUCAAGUUUUAACGAAAAACAAACGUGUGUUCACUGUAAAAAAUAUCCGCUCAAGUAGAUCGACGGCACAGGCAGUCCUUCGCCGAGCUCAGAGAACCGCCGCUGCCGCUGCUAGGACAGCUGCUGAUGCCACUGCACUUCUUCAGCGCAAUCGUAUUCAGCGUCAGCAGUUGUUUAAUGAACGAAGAAACAUUCAACCAACCUCUCGCAUUGGUGCGCACUGGUUCCUAUAAAUAAUUUUGUUUAUGAUCAUAUUAUUAUUAUUUUUUCAGUAAUAAGUUCAUAAAGUAUUUGUCCCUAGAGGUUGGCACUUAUUCAAGUGUUAGAUUGACUGUGCAAGGUCACAUGCAUAAGCUUAAUAAUGAUUGGGUUUAUACGAUACUGGAUUAGCUUUUCUCGGAUGAAUCAUUCUUCGUCGUUUCUAUUCAGUAGUGUUCCUCAAAUGAUUCCUACAACUAAUUUAAUUGAUGUAUUCUCAGUGAUAUCCCCGAACAUGAACGAUUGGAAGCAUUUAUUUCUUCUUAUAGCCUAUGAAAGACGUCCCUCGAGACGAAGGAGCGCUCCUGCUUCAAUAGUCGGUUCCCGAGGAGCUUACACUACACCUCAAGUCACUGGUCGUUCGUGGCAAUCAGAGCAGCAAUCACUUAAUUUUCAAAGACGUCCACGUCGUAGAUCCCUUCAGGUAUUGGGAUCACCUCAAGGUAAAUUAACUUUUCGGUGCUUGCUUUUCAUCAUUUUUAAUUACGGAUUUCUAGGAGUAUUUCCCGAUGAUGCUUAUGUAUCAUACUACAUAAAAACCUGAACACUAAGUAACAUUUAGUAGCGUGUCUUGGCUUAUCACUGACUAUUUAAAUUACAAGGAAUUUCUGAACCGGCUUCGAGAUACGACUUACGAUUUCCAUCUAAUUCUUGUAUAAUAGAUUAAAUCGAUGGCAUGAAACGCCAUAUAAUACUGAUUUGGAUUUUUUUCUGAUGCUUCAUAUUAAGCUCUUGUUGCUCAUACAGACUUAUACAGAUUAUAGCAUAAAAACAUUUGUAGUUUUCUUGAAGGUGUUUUGUUCAAUGGGUUGAGUUGUCAGAUUUUGUAGUUUUAAUUUGUCUUUCUAGACAAUAUCGUCAGUACAAACUUAGGAGAAAAGAGCUUUUAUAAUUUCUCCAUCAGUAACUAACAGUUUAUUCUGUCAAUAGGGAUUUUGACUUAGUAUUACGUAUAAGCGUAUUGUCACAGCCCGUAUUUAUUUUGAUGGUUUUGUUCCAGGAUCUGAAAUCAGACUUUAUAGUUCAUUAUCAUUGUUUUGAUUAACCAAUAGAUUAGGUGUUUUUCGAUGUCCAUUGACCAUUAAGUGUUAGGUUUCUGUAUGGUUUCUAUGUUGCUUCUGUUCACUACUUUAUAACGUUUUCUUAGCUGAUAUUACUGUCCAUAGUUUUCCACAUGCAUAAAUAUAGGUAAAUAUAUGUCAUGAGUUUGGUUAUGGCAGCUUUUAAUGUUCACACAAACAAAGAUAGAAAACGAACACUGUGUGUUCUCUAAAUUUUUAUGGCAUGCAUAUGAUAUUGAUCUUGUUUUCUGUAGUGUAUCAUUUGUUUUGGAUUAUAUAGAUUAUAGAAAUUCCAUGUGCUUGUUAGCUACAACCAUUGUUAAAGACCGUGAUUUGGCCGUGAUACCUAAAACGUCUUGUAUAAAUAGUGGCUUCUACAGUCGAUUUUAUAUGUUGUGAUGAAUUCCGUGUAGUAUGGGUGCUCCGAUGUUUAUUUACUACCUUGAAUACAAAAACUUGAGACUUAAGUAUAUUAGAAGCCAACUCACACAGAACGUUUAAUUGUUGUAGUAACAACCCAAUUCGCUGGAUUCAAAAGUGUAGAAAUUCUUUCAACGCCUUCAAUUUGCUAAGAAUUGGAAUAAUACCUGAUGGUUAUCUUUUAGAAGAAUGAAUACCUACAAAACCCGUGAAAAUUGUUAUUAUGUGACCUAUUACGAAACUCGAAGUCAGCUGUGAAAACUACUGAAAAUUACAGCCGUUCCCUACUUAUUCCCUACUUGAAGAACAUAUCAGAGAUCAAGCUUAGUUUGAUAGUAUCGUAGUUUAAUUUUCUCUCUCUGAUGAUCUUAUAAUUUCUAUGGGAUUUGAUUAAUGAUCUUUUUCAUAUGGCAUAUAGGUAGAAGGACAUCAUUCCGUGGAGCCUUAUCCCGAAAUAAUUCCUUACACAGCAACACCUUUGUUCGUAACCAAAGGUGGAGUCAACGAACGAAUUUCCGAAUUAAUAGCCGAGGUCAACAGCGUAAUGGUUAUACGCUUACACCAACUGGUCGUCCAACCUCACGGGCUCGUAAUGCAGAAUAUCUUGCUCAAGCUCGUGCCCUUAUCCAAGCACAGAAUGAAAACGCUCAGCGGUAUGAUCUUGACAGUCCAAAUACAACAGUGUGGAACCCUAGAACCUACAGCGCACCACACAGAAACCUGAAUUAUUAUGCCAAAUAUUGGGACAACUAAUAUAGUAAUGGAAAAUCUUUCAUAAGUUCGUUUUCUUCAUUAAAAUGGCUUUUGAUUGCUUUUAACAGUACGUUAAAGUAUCCCACUUGUACUCACGUGUAAAUGUACAAUUUCUAUCAAAAGCUAACUGUCAUCAACAAUAAAACUAACAGGCGCGCGUGUUUUUUAUUGCCCUUGAUAUUCACAAACCCAACUCAUUUCAGCUAUAUCUUUUGUAUGUAAAACCAAAAUUUUUAGAAUUACUUACUGGUUAAAUUUUGUACUUUAUGUAAAAUUUCAAUCACCAAGCAUUUCAUUUGGAUUAUUGCACUGUAGUGAUGUUAUUUCUGAACUGGUUGCUUUUUAAAUGUAUCAGUAAAUUUACACUGUUGUGCUGUAAGGAAGUUAUAAUUACAAUUCCAUAUCAAUCAUUUACUUUUAUUUAUUUCGUAAUGUUGGUCUGUGAGUGAGUGGCGGAAUGAUCUGCAGUCAUUUAGCUACAACGUAGGACGAGGCACAUAUAUGCGUCGGUCCAAGUUGUCACACCUCAUUGGCACAACAAGGUGAACACCGAAUUCAUAGAAAUAGCUACUUCAAUGGUAGUAAUAUAUAAAAGAAAGAUUUUAUAUAAUGAUAUAAUACAGGAAGAAAGAAUUAGUUCGUAGAAAGAAAGAUAUAAAGCAACUUUAAUCCUACAGUUUAGCGGAAGACAGAGAGUGUAUACACCCACGCCUUUGUGGUCGAUUCUGAGCCAUGUCACCAAGAGUCUCCAACCACUGGUUAUGAUAGUCAUGUGGACCCCAACCAAGUAGUCUGCAUCUACCAACAUGGCUCAUACUAGAAGUUAGUGACUUCAAAGACUGAUGCCACGUUUUGGUUUGGCAGUCCCUAACUUUCUUCCAACCGUGUUCAACACUAGUCAGCAGCAUUGCGCGUCGUGGUAAUCGGUAUUCAGGAAUACGUAACACGUGGCCCAACGAUCUGAGUCGGUGGAAAUCUACAACCUCAUCAACUGAUUUACCAUCAUUCCCUAAUACCCUGCGUCUAACCACACUACUAGUUACCCGGUGAUGCGAGCAAUAUUUCUAAGACAUCUGUGAUCAAAUACAAGCAACUUAAUAGUAUCCUCUACCUUUAAUGACCACGUUUCGCAACCGUAAAGUGGAACAGAACGAACUGCCGCGCAGUAUACACAUCCUCUAAUUAAUACACAGAUAUCUCGCCUUCGCCAUAGGUGGCGUAAGUUGGUAAAAAUCAAACGGGCUUUCUGAACUCGUGCAGAGAUUUCGUCAAACACCAACCCAUUAGGGCUGAUCAGACUUCCAAGGUAAGUGGAUUUGUUGACGCGUUUGACUACUUCGCUCCCUAUUCUUAGUUCAGAUGUUGACGCAGGCCAGUCCUGGAGCAAAAACUUGCAUUUAGUGGAGGAGAAGCGCAUUCCAAACAUCCUGUCAUUGUUGCUCAGUGCUACCAAAAGACUACAUUUUAUCAGCGUCUUCGCCAAACAGGACUAUGUCAUCUGCGUAUUCUAACUCGAUAAGUGGACCUCUUGGUAAGAGAUCGAUGCCCGAAAGUUCAGUCGACGAGAACGCUAUUUCCAGCAGUAGGUCUCAGAUGAAAUUAAACAGAAAUUGAGAUAGUGGACAGCACUGCCGGACACCACUUGAGGUUGCGAAGUCAGAUGAAAGUUCGCCAUAAGCUCUGACUCGACUGGUAGUGCUCGGGUAAGGUUUAUGUACUUCUGAGGUACGCCUUUCAAUAACAAACACUGACACAGAACCUCUCGUUCUGCAGAGUGAAAUGCUGCUUUUAAGUCAAGAAAGAUUAUCAAUUUCGGACGCCGAAUAGUGAAUAUGUGGCUGAUGCAACCACGACCAGGUCUGAAGCUAGCCCGAUUUCUUCGUGUUUGCAGUCCACGAGUCUUUGUUAGGCGUCCGAUGAUUACAAAGGCUAGUAUUUUAGAUGAUAUGUUAGUCACACUAAUCCCUUUAUGUUUGUCACAGGAUGUUUUUACCCCUCAUAUAUUGGGACAAUCAGUGAUUGCGACCAGUCAGAUGGGAUUAUGUCCAGUUUCCAGAUUUUAGCUAAAAUGUUAGUCAACCUAGUCGCUCAAACUGAACCUCGUUUCAGAUUAGCUAUAGCUUUUUCAACUUCAAUUGAAAUCGGGGGGCCUACUUCGAUUUUCCAUUCAGGAUGUCUGGGAAUGUUGGGUAGUUGUAGAGCAGCUGAACCGCUUCUUAAAGUGUUCCGCCGAUUGUUCUAAACGUCCGGGUUGAGAGAGGAUAAGUGUCGUCAUUUUCAGAGAUCAUCUCACUCACUUGACUUCUUAAUUCCAGUUUCUUUUAUUGGUCCGGAAAGUUGUCUUGUGUUACCUACAGCCCCUGCCUUUUCCAUCUCUUUUGCUUUCGUUGCCCACCACUGCUCACGGUGGCUUCUUAGACUUUUGGUUAACCUAGAUCUGAUUUGUUUUCCUCUUCGUCGUAUUCAGAGCCUGAUGGGAUGAGUUUAUGAGAAUCUAUCAGUGCAAGAGACUUAGUAGAUAACCAUUGGUUUGGUUCAAAUCACUAGUAGAUGUCGCUGCUGUUUCCACAGCUGCUCGUAUAUUUUUCCAAGCAACAUCUGAAUCAGCCUCAUUUUCAGAACUGCUUAAGUGUGACCUCAGUCGUCCUCGCUACAAGUACUGUCUGAGCGUUUAGUUUUUUGAAGAAGUCCAGAACGUCUUCUGUAAAAAUCAUCUUUCACUUCAUCCGGGCUACAGUCAGCGGGAGCAUGCGCAGAAACGACAAAAAGGCAACGACGUGUGUCUCUAUCCUUCUAACUUCUUACAGAGCCGUUUAGCUGAACAGCAGAUAGUUGACUGUUAAGAGUGAUCCAUUCUAUACCAACAUCCGCCAGUCCACGAGAAUUAGUCAUCGGGUCGCCAGAUAAACGGAGAGUAUGUCUCG